AUGGCCCCAACACCAUGCGGCGUAGGUCAUGAGUUGGCGGGAGGCGGUAUGGUAGGAGACAUUUUGCCUGCGCCUUGUACCUAUGCCGGGCCUAAAUCCUCCUUGAUUCGUGAGAUAAGACCUGUCAAGAUCUUCGAACUGGAACAUGGAUUGGCGGGAGCUCACUUUGGAACGGAAUUGGAGCGCGGAAUGAGGGGGUGGCGAGGCGCAGAGGAGAGAUUGUCACCAAUCAGCGUUAGCCAGUUAAUUAUCCUCUCUUCAACUUGGAACAUCUUUCCUACAGAGUUUUCGAUUGAGAUUAUCAUACAGGAACAUAUGCAGAAGGAUGAAGUAAAUACUACACCCGCUCACCCAGUCUCGAAAAUGGAUAAGAAUAGAGUCGUUCAGUUGAACUUUGUUGCGGAAAUCAGAGAGAGAGAGCACUCACAGGAUGCAACUUUCUGCCCUAAAUUACCAAUUUCAUGUUCAACACUAGGCCACAAGAUGUGGUACAACCCUAACCAGUUGUAUGCAUCUUCAUUCUCCGUUUCUCAUUGCUUUUAUUCUUCUUGGACCUUGUAA